UCAAUUGACGGCUUAAGAGGAGUCAUGAGGGCAUUUCGACUUCAAUCUUUGCGCGGCCUGCGCCAGGUCCAAUCGAGGUUUCCUCGUCAGUCCAGCUGGGUAUGUCCAGGAUGUCGGGUGUAUCAGUCUCAGCAUCGAUGGAGCUCAGAUAGCUCGUCGGCGGACAAGUCGAAAGAGAAGCCGUAUUAUAUUACAACGCCCAUCUUUUACGUCAAUGCUGCACCGCACAUCGGUCAUCUCUAUACUAUGGUCCUGGCCGAUGUUCUCAAGCGAUGGCAGCAGAUCAACGGCAAGGAAGCCCUCCUCUGUACUGGCACAGACGAGCACGGUAUGAAGAUUCAGCAGGCGGCCGCAAAAGAGGGAAUGCCACCAAAGGAGUUCUGCGACAACAAUGCCAGCAAGUUCAAGGACCUCGCAGAAGUCGCCAACAUCUCUUACGACUUCUUUAUCCGGACCACGGAUGAGGACCACAAGAGUGUGGUGGAGCAGUUCUGGCUGCUCCUCAAGACUCGUGCUCCUGAAGGUCUGGGCUUGUACAAGGGACAGCAUGAGGGUUGGUACUGUGUCAGUGAUGAGUGCUUUUAUCCCGAAGAUCUGGUCCAGCCAAGUGUGGUACCGCAGACGGGACGCAAGAUCAUGGCCAGCAUCGAAACGGGCAACGAGGUUGAAUGGGUCACGGAAGAUACCUGGUUCUUCCCGCUGUCCAAGUACAAGGAGAAGCUGCUCAAGUUCUACGAUGAGAACCCGGAUUGGAUCCAGCCAGCCCACCGAAUGAACGAAGUGAGGAACUGGGUCGAGCACCACCUCGAGGACCUCUCCAUCACCCGCCCAGCGUCAAGACUGAGCUGGGGAAUCAAGGACCCCGAGGAUCCCUCCAACACCAUCUACGUCUGGGUCGAUGCCCUCAUCAACUACAUCACCAAAGCCGGCUUCGGUUCCAAGUGGCAGGUCGACAGCGCCGACAAGGGCAUCUGGCCAGCAGACGUCCAAGUUGUGGGCAAGGACAUUAUCCGCUUCCACGCUGUCUACUGGCCUGCGUUGCUCAUGGCCGUAGGCCUCCCGCUGCCAAAGAAGAUUGUCUGCCACAACCACUGGACCAUGUCGAACCGCAAAAUGUCCAAGUCGCUCGGCAACGUCGUCAACCCCUUCUUCGCAGUUCAGCGAUGGAACUUGGAUCCCCUGCGGUACUUUCUCAUGCGCAACGGUAGCUUCAAGGGUGACAUGAGCUACGCAAAUGAUUUCAUUAUUGUCGCGUACGAGAAGGAGCUCCAGGCCAACAUUGGCAACCUGUUUAACCGUAUUUCUCGGAACAAGACUGGUAGAUGGUCGACCCUUGAAGCUACAGAAUUUGCUCGAGAGGGCAAGUUUAAUGACAUAGCUGGGUUGGCUGCGGAGGGUCCUGAUUUGUUGAGUCUCGAGUCGACUUUGGAGACUGCGUCUGAAAAGAUUCGCAACGAGAUGGAUGAUAUCAACCUGAGUGGUGCUCUCAGGGAGGUAUUUGAGCUUCUUCGAGAUACUAACCGCUUCAUCUCUGAUACUGCCCCUUGGCAGAUGGUCAAGGAUACAAGUCCAGAUGCUCGAGUUCGUCUCAACUGGGUCAUCUACCGAUGCGCCGAGGCCCUACGUAUCGCAGGUAUCAUGCUCCAACCCGUCAUGCCGACCAAGGCAGGCGAGCUGCUCGACGGCCUCGGCGUUAAGCCAGAGAGACGCACCGUCGAGUUCGCGGCAAAGGGUGCUGAUCUUGAGUAUGGUGUCGCACCUCUUCAGCCCCAAAAGCUUGGCGAUAGCGGCAAGAAGAUUGACCCCAAGCCUAAUGCGUGGGUUUCACUGUUCCCUCCAGUAUCGGGUAUCGAGCUGCCAGACUAUGAGGCUGUUACGGGCCAGGCUGCGCCGACAAAGGCGGGCAAGACCAAGAACCGCUUGAGCCGGGUGGCUGCGUCUCUGGCUGAAGAAGCUCGACAGACUCCAGGCAACUGA